AUGGCGCACGAUUUUACAUCAAAGUCGUUUCGUGAUGUCGUGCGCGAACAGCGUGGUCUUCUUGUCCACCCUCUCCGGUGGACUCCACGUCAUCUUGAACUGCUGGGUUGUCGAUUCGAAGACGCCCCAACGGCCCCCGUCUUCCCGGAGACUCCAAACGAUCAACGAAGACCUCCGGAGCGACCAGACGAUGCUGAAACGCUAGCCAUGAGCUUAUCCGCUGCCAUAAAGUGUUACUCUCUUGAGAACAUCCUGCUAGGCGAAGAGCCCAAAUCCACUAGGCCUAGGGACUACAAUUUCACUCCUCCGAAGAAGGAGCUCCCUUUUAUUUUCGAGGUCGGCGAGUUCACCAGCCAGACUAUACCGUGCUUCAUCGUCACAGAGACUCCCUCGGCAAUAUGUCAUACGGCCAUUUUCUCCGCUGGCCGAAGUUAUCGUCAGAAGCAACUAGCCCAGGUAAUCCCAAAGGAAUGGACUGAAGAUCCGUAUUUCCUAUGUGUCUUACUGGCUCUCGCGCAAAUGGAAAAGCGCAAGCUGCCCGGUUUGUCAAGGCCAAUCAUUUACAUCCCCCGUCUCAUGGUGACGAGAGCAACAGAUCAUGAAUACAUUCACUUAUACGAGACCGGGAUUACCCCUGAAUUACUGGAGGGACUCAGGGAUCCGGACAAUGCGACACAGCCAUUGCAGUGUACGAUCUGGCGCAAGAGAAUCUCGUACAAGCCGUAUGAUUCCUUCGCCAGUCGACUCAUCGCGGAGCUUAAUACCUCACAUGCACUAUCCCAGUGCCAUUCAGUUGGACGAUUUAAUUACCCUCAGAUUGCCCUUUAUUACAUGGCGGUAGGGAACCCUCAAAAAUCCAUUACCGAUGAAAACCGGGAUGACAAUGAUGUGAAUCGUGCCAUUGAACACAAGAAGGCAAGACAAGGCGAACCGGAAGACAGCGGAUCACGCAAGAGGAGGCGAGUUCAAGCAGAUGAUUGA